GCGCAGCUGGCCGAGCGCGGCAGCUGGCGAGUGACAGCCGCAGCUCCGAGCGCGCGGCCGCCCGAGCCGCGCAGGGAAGCGCCCCGGCUCGGCAGCAGCGGCCGCCUUCCCCGCGCCUCCCGGCCGCAGCCGGCGCCCCGCGCCCCGGUCGCCCCUCGCGGGCUCCCGCGCCCCGCGCGCAAGAUGGCUGACCCGGCUGCGGGGCCGCCGCCGGCCGAGGGCGAGGAGAGCACCGUGCGCUUCGCCCGCAAAGGCGCCCUCCGGCAGAAGAACGUGCACGAGGUGAAGAACCACAAAUUCACCGCCCGCUUCUUCAAGCAACCCACCUUCUGCAGCCACUGCACCGACUUCAUCUGGGGCUUCGGGAAGCAAGGGUUCCAGUGCCAAGUCUGCUGUUUUGUUGUGCACAAGCGGUGCCAUGAGUUUGUCACGUUCUCCUGCCCCGGCGCCGACAAGGGUCCAGCCUCUGAUGACCCCCGGAGCAAGCACAAGUUCAAGAUCCACACCUACUCCAGCCCCACCUUCUGUGACCACUGCGGGUCGCUGCUGUACGGACUCAUCCACCAGGGGAUGAAAUGUGACACCUGCAUGAUGAACGUCCACAAGCGCUGCGUGACGAACGUCCCCAGCCUCUGCGGCACGGACCACACGGAGCGCCGCGGCCGCAUCUACAUCCGGGCGCACAUCGAGGGGCCAGUCCUCACCGUCCUCGUAAGAGAUGCUAAAAACCUUGUCCCCAUGGACCCCAAUGGCUUGUCAGAUCCCUAUGUGAAACUGAAACUCAUUCCUGACCCAAAAAGUGAGAGCAAACAGAAGACCAAAACCAUCAAGUGCUCCCUCAACCCCGAGUGGAACGAGACAUUCAGAUUCCAGCUGAAGGAAUCGGACAAAGACCGGAGGCUGUCCGUGGAGAUUUGGGACUGGGAUCUGACCAGCCGGAACGACUUCAUGGGCUCCCUGUCGUUCGGGAUUUCUGAGCUGCAGAAGGCGGGGGUGGAUGGCUGGUUUAAGCUGCUGAGCCAGGAGGAGGGCGAGUACUUCAACGUGCCCGUGCCGCCGGAAGGAGGCGAAGGCAACGAGGAGCUGCGGCAGAAGUUUGAGAGGGCCAAGAUUGGCCAGACACCCAAGACUCCAGAAGAAAAAACUACCAACACCAUAGCCAAAUUUGACAACAAUGGGAACAGGGACCGGAUGAAGCUGAGUGAUUUUAACUUCCUGAUGGUGCUUGGGAAAGGCAGCUUUGGCAAGGUCAUGCUCUCCGAGCGGAAAGGCACGGACGAGCUCUACGCCGUGAAGAUCCUGAAGAAGGACGUGGUGAUCCAGGACGACGACGUGGAGUGCACCAUGGUGGAGAAGCGGGUGCUGGCCCUGCCCGGGAAGCCACCCUUCCUGACCCAGCUGCACUCCUGCUUCCAGACCAUGGACCGCCUGUACUUCGUGAUGGAAUACGUGAACGGCGGUGACCUCAUGUACCACAUCCAGCAGGUUGGCCGGUUUAAGGAGCCUCAUGCUGUAUUUUACGCUGCAGAAAUCGCCAUUGGCCUGUUCUUCUUACAGAGCAAGGGCAUCAUUUACCGCGACCUAAAACUUGACAACGUGAUGCUGGAUUCUGAGGGCCACAUCAAGAUCGCCGACUUUGGCAUGUGCAAGGAGAACAUCUGGGACGGGGUGACCACCAAGACGUUCUGCGGCACUCCGGACUACAUCGCCCCUGAGAUCAUUGCGUACCAGCCCUACGGGAAGUCGGUGGACUGGUGGGCAUUCGGAGUCCUGCUGUAUGAGAUGCUGGCCGGGCAGGCGCCCUUCGAAGGGGAGGAUGAGGAUGAACUCUUCCAGUCCAUCAUGGAGCACAACGUGGCUUACCCCAAGUCCAUGUCCAAGGAGGCUGUGGCCAUCUGCAAAGGGCUGAUGACCAAGCACCCGGGCAAACGUCUGGGCUGCGGGCCCGAAGGCGAGCGGGACAUCAAAGAGCACGCGUUCUUCCGGUAUAUUGACUGGGAGAAACUGGAAUGCAAAGAGAUUCAGCCCCCGUAUAAGCCAAAAGCCUGUGGGCGCAACGCUGAAAACUUCGACCGGUUUUUCACCCGCCAUCCACCCGUCCUCACACCUCCUGACCAGGAAGUCAUCAGGAAUAUUGACCAGUCAGAAUUCGAAGGAUUUUCCUUUGUUAACUCUGAAUUUUUAAAACCUGAAGUCAAGAGCUAAGUAGAUGUGUAGAUCUCCGUCCUUCGUUUCUGUCGUUCGAGCUCGACGGCCAUCAUGGUGACAUAUUUUUCAUUGCCAAGUUGCAUCCAUGUUUAUUUGCUGAUGAGACUAGAGUGACCAUGUCCUGGAACACAAAUGUCCUCAGGCAGUUUGGAGCGUCUCUACAAGAUGGGAUUAUGCAGAUGCCUGUCGAAAAGGCUGCAUAAUUAGCACAUUGUCGAAGUCCUCUCCCAGUUCCUCCUGCAUGCCUGUCAGGCAGAUCCAGUGGGGACAGAAAACGCCUGCUUUCUUUUCCUUUUUCUCUGCAUGGCCAUUUUUACACAUUCUCCCCCUCCAACCAUCCCAUCUAGAUUCUUCUGCCCAGUGAAUGGAUGGCCGGGUGCUAGUGGCCUGGCUGGUGUCCAAGGAUCUGGUUGCUUUGCCUUAGCAGGAAUUUCUCCAUUCUUUCUGGCUCGGGGGCACCACGAGCUCUGAAAAGAACGUGCUACAAAUAACAUUUUUGUUGUUUUUUUUUUUUUUACUCAAAGUUAAGAAGAUUGUCUAAGUCCUUUUAAAAAUUCCAAAACUGUGCUUUUACAAAGUUUCUAUCUAAAAGCACCUCAAGGGGUCAAAAGGCAACCAGCUUGGGUGCUACCUCAUUGCUGUCACCUCUGGUCCGAUGCGUCCCUGCUCACCCUCACCCCAAACUGCUUGGAAAGGGCAUUUGCACCAUUUCCUGAGAGACAUGGUCACUCUCGCACGGUCCCAGGACCAGGAUUCACAUCACAUUUCAAACUUUAUUUGCUUUGGGGCUUUAUUUCUGUUGUUGUUCAAAUGCAAAAACAAACAAAAAACAAUCAAAAAUACUCAUUUUGUUCCUACAUGCUUCGAAAAAUGUGUCCAAAUGUUACUGACCAUAGCGACCAGCUUGGGUCUACAAAGGAGGCUGCUCUGGGCGGCACAGGCUCCUGGGCAGUGGGUGGGGCUGGGGUGCAGCUGGCUUAAGUGCUCGGAGAAAGACGCCAUUUCUCGAUGUGGUUUCCCAAGAUGUCUGUGGAAAUGUCCAUUUGUGUCUGGAUGUGUCAUGUGCCAUUUUUCUUCUAGCAUUGAGAUGCAAUAGCGAACACAGGAGGAGAAAAGCUGUUUCACGGAAAAUGGCUUUGAAAAAUGUGGACCCAGGCUACAGAGGGGGCCUCCGAGGUUUCCGGACAGAGGAGCGAAACCCAGAGCUUAAUCUCAGCCCCGUGCUCAGCCAGGCAGAGGCCGAGGCUGUGGGCCUGUCACGGCCUCCUGGUGGCCUGGGGUGGGCCCUCUCAUGAUGUCAGAGCCCACAGCCCACAUUAGGGCCAGCUAGGAGCAUGGCCCAAGCGCUUUACUUUCUCAUCAAAAUCACUACUCCUCCCAACUUGGACUAGAUGUUCUCUGUAGCAAGCAGCUUUGUGAGGCCCCAGAAGCCCAAGGAAAGCCCGUGGGCAGGAGGAACCCCAUUUCUGUCUCACAGACGAGGACAGCAGUGGUUCUCCAUCCUUGCCUCCUGCCUCCGCUAUUCUCAGGCCUAAAGAGAAUUCUCAUCACCAGUUGAGUGGUUUCCGGAAGCUCCAGGGCUUCUAAGAGACCAUCAAGGGAACUUGACAAACAUCCUUGCAGUCAGACUUCUCGUCUUUAGGGCAACCUGCCCUUCAUCCCUCUCUGCCUCUCGCCGCUGCUCGCAGCCGGCUGUGGGCCUCCCGGCGGCUGCCUGCGGUAGCCAUCUAGACCUCGGGGAAGGCAAACGUGAGUCCCAGAGGGAUAUUGGGGAGGUGAGAGGAGGGAAAUGGGGCAGAACCCCCUCCUUAGCUGCGGGGGAAACCACCUGCAGGGAGGAAGUGACCUGCCCAGGGUCAGCCAGCUGGGACGCAAACCCGGUUCCUGACACUCAGCACAAGACGCUUUCUCCCUGUGACUGGCAUCUGAGCAACGCCCACCCGCAGGCAGGUUAGCGGAGGUCCGUCCUAUGGCUGUUGGGUGACCAGCCUUUCCUGGAUCUGCUCUCAGGAGGGAAAAAACCAUGAGAAGCACUGGGUGGCUGACCAAGGACCCGAGACAACUUUAGAGACCAGUGCAGCCAGGCAGCCAGGUGGGGGUGGGGUGGAGAGGUGAUAAUCAGGUAGAUGGGAGAAUACAGUGCGCAUGUCCACUGCUCCACAUGUCCCCACUUGCUGCCAUCAUUUCCCAGACGUUUGAUAGCGUGCAGAAAUAUGAACUCCAGCCCAAGCCUCUGUUGCCCUAGGCCCUGGCCGAGGCCGGCAGGGAGCCUGUGGGAGCCAGGCCCUGAGUCAGAGCCUGCGGUUCCUUCUUCCAUCAACACUUCCGUGUAAGGAGCCCGGGAGGCGAGCCUUCCACAUACAGCAUCUUCGCAAAUUGAUCCGGGAAGAAAGCUAUUAGUUCAUUUUCCCAUCGUGCAUGUAUUCUGCCCUCCAUGCAUUCACCCAGCCAUCAUUUAUUGAGCACCGACUGUAUACCAGGCCUGCGCUGGGUGCCAGGAGCACCGUGGGGAAGCGCAGGAUGCCAUCCAGGAGGGCAGUCUUGACGCAGUCAUUGAACGCAUGCUGUCAUCAAAGGAUAGCCGUCCCUGGGUUGGUCAGGGAAGGCUUCUGGUAAGAAAGACAAAGUCCUCACAGGUCUUCGGGUUAGGCUUCUCUGUAGACCGCGGUUUGAGCAGACAGAGCGGCGCAGCAGCGCCCCUGGAGCCGGGCUUCUGGGACAGCCCUAAAGUGCGUGGGCGGGAAGGGAGGCAGGGCAGCUGGGGUGGGUUUCCUUCUAGAAGGCCAACAGCACUGUCCGUGCUCAAACAAACACGGGUCACGGGACUUGAACCAGUGGACACCGUAGGGACGAGGACCUGGAUUUCUGCUCAGUUCUGAGUCCCGAGGCUCACUCAGAGUCCCUUCCUGGCCCUCGGGGAACGCUGCCCCACAGCACGCAGCCCUGGCUGCACUCGGCCUGGCGCCUCUAGAUGACACAGCCCGAGAUUUUCCAAAAGAACUAAAACGCGGGGAGAAUGAACAACUAAGCAAGGAAAGCCAAGGAACCCUAAACAUGUCAGCCAUGACUAGCUGUCUCCCGGGAUCUAAGACCCGCUUGUCAUUCCUGAGACUUCUUACCCUGCCCUCUUCUAAGAUAGGAAGGCCCACGGUCACCGUGACUUGGGAAGGUAAGGCAGGCCAGUGGAUUCGUAACCCCCCUCGGUGAGCGAGACUUUCUCGUGGGGCCGCGAGCCUGUCAGCUCGGGAAUUGUCCCAACAGAGAGGCCGGCUCCCUCCCAGCUUGUAGGCUGAAACCCAGGGGUGUUGUCGAUGGAGAUCUGCCCUGGGACAACGUGCAUAUGGAAG